CGUAGUGUGCGCACGGGACGCGCGCGCGAUUGCCGAGGUUGCAGCCACGGUCGGGUGGGCGUUGCAGCUGCUCGGGGCCGACGUGUGUAUGUGGGGGCGCCUUGCCUAGGGGUAGGAUCGCCCAGUCCAACCUUGUUAACCAAUAGUCUCGAGUCCGUAGAAAAGAGGCCUGGUACCUUAGAGAGAAGCCGCCGCGGAGACCGACUUAAGUUCAGAUUCGGCUUCCAGCGCUUCGUAGCGGUAUGCAAAGAAGCCGCUUUGUCCUGAUGACUUCAGAGAUACUAUGGAUCAGUCCGGAGUUCUCCUCUGGGUAAAAGCAGAACCGUUUAUAGUGGGUGCCCUGCAAGCCCCACCCCCCUCCAAAUUCAGCCUUCACUACCUUAGGAAGAUAGCCUCCUAUGUGCGGACUCGGGCCACAGAAGGCGCCUACCCACGCCUGUACUGGUCCACAUGGAGGCGCAUUGCAUGCGGAAAGCUGCAGCUGGCCAAGGAACUAGCGUGGCUGUACUUUGAGAUAUUCGAUAAUCUUUCGGUGAGGACACCGGAGGAGCGCCUGGAGUGGUCUGAAGUUCUGUCCAACUGCACGACCGAAGAAGAAGUGGAAAAGAAAAGAAAUCAGCUUUCAGUGGAUACCCUGCAGUUUCUGCUCUUCCUGUACAUCCAACAGUUAAACAAAAUCUCCCUGCGGACAUCGUUGAUUGGGGAAGAGUGGCCCAGUCCCAGAAGCAGACCGCAGUCUCCUAGCCUAACUGAAAGGACCAGUUGUCACAAUAAGAACUGGAAUGACUACAGUCACCAGGCUUUUGUCUGUGACCAUCUGUUGGAUCUCCUCGAGCUGCUUCUAGACCCAGGACAACUUACUGCAUCCUUCCACUCAACCCACACUAGUAUGCUCUCUCAAGAUGCCAUCCUGGCGCUCAGUUUCCUCAUCGAAGGCACUGUGAGCAGAACCAGGAAGGUCUAUCCCCUUCAUGAACUUGCACUGUGGCAGCCGCUGCAUGCAGAAAGUGGCUUCUCGAAGAUCUCGAAGACGUUCUCUUUGUACAAGCUGGAAGCCUGGUUGAGAGCCUGUUUGACUGAAAAUCCAUAUGGUCCAUCUGCUUGCCUCAAGUCUGGAAAGAAAUUGGCUUGGGCUCACCAAGUUGAAGGUGCGACCAGAAGAGCGAAGAUUGCUUGCAAUGUUCACGUGGCCCCUCGAAUGCACCGCAUUGUGGUGAUGAGCCAGGUAUACAGGCAAACACUGGCCAGGAGCUCAGACACCCUAGUAGGAGCACAUGUCAGAGUUCAUCGCUGCAAUGAGUCUUUCAUAUAUUUGCUCUCCCCCUUGCGAUCUGUGACAAUUGAAAAAUGCAGGAAUAGUACCUUUGUGCUGGGUCCUGUGGAGACGGCUCUUCACCUGCAUGACUGUGAGAAUCUAAAUGUCAUUGCUGUCUGCCACCGGCUGUCUAUCUCCUUUACAACUGGCUGCACCUUCCACAUAAUGACACCGUCACGUCCACUCAUUCUCUCUGGGAACCAGAGAGUAACUCUGGCCCCGUUCCAUACCCAUUACCCAAUGCUGGAGGACCAUAUGGCCAGGACCGGCCUUGCUACGGUCCCCAACUACUGGGAUGACCCGAUUGUUGUGUGCAGAGAAAGCAGUGACGCAGCAGUCUUCCGGCUCCUGCCACCUUGCGAGUUCUACGUGUUUGUUACUCCCUUUGAGAUGGAAGGGGACACGGUGGAGAUCCCCGGGGGUCUCCCCUCGGAGUACCAGAAAGCGCUGGCUCAGAGAGAACAGAAGAUUCAGAUCUGGCAGAAAACUGUGAAGGAGGCUCGUCUGACAAAGGAGCAGAGGAAGCAGUUCCAGGCCUUUGUGGAGAACAAGUUCUACGAAUGGUUGGUUAAGACAGGACAUCGGCACCAGCUGGACAGCCUCAUUCCACACACAGCGGCCUCCAAACAAGAGCCCAGAUAGGACCCCACACGGGACUGCUGGGCUCUGGAAACAUGAGGAAGGAUGGAGACUGGUGCCCACUGAAGACUGUUGGAAAGACACCCUUGCUGCCCGAGAGACCUCAGGCUUUCCCUCCAGUUCACUCCUUUGUUGGUUCCUGUCUAUACUCUCUUGGGUUGAAUUUGAGUUUCUGACUUACCUGUUGAAAAUGGAACACUGGGCAAGGCAGAUGGAUGUAUGCAUUAGUGUCUAAGUGACCGGGUGAAGGUUCACAAACUGACUUCAUAUUUUAAUGUGUAUGAUGGAAGGGUUUUGUCCUAGCUGAAAAAGUUAGCCAGGUGUGGUGGCACAUGCCUGAUUCCAGGGCUCAGGAGGCAGAGUCAGGUAGAGCUCUGUGAGUUCCAGGCUAGCCUAGUCUACAUGGUGAGGACCCAGUAUCUCAAAAAACAAAACAAAACAAAACAAAACAAAAAGUUGUGUGGUUCUUUGUAACUAUUUAAAAGGAAAUUGCUACUCCUUUUUUAAAAAGAGUGACAGUAUGGUCAGUUGGUAUAUAAGUACAGCAGAGAUAGUUUUAUAAAAUGGUAUUUUAGGCCUUAAAGUAUAAAACACAUGAAAUUGUGUAAAAUUUUUUAUUUUUAUUUUCUGCUUCAAAUUUCAAUAAACAAAUUCUAAAAAGUAA